CCUAAAUAACGCACCUUUCCACAGAAUGUUGAAGAGGUGGUUGACCAAUCAGAGUGAGGCAGACAAGUAGAUGCAUCAUGAAGCAGAAAAAAGCUGGGGGUGGAGCUGGGGUCGACAGAGAGAACAGCUUUCUUUAAGCAUAGGUGACAAGACACACUCACCUCAGAGAGCACACUUGCAAACACACACACACAUGGAUGGGAACAUGGCAGGCCGGCAGCCUCAGAUGUUCUUGGAGGAUGGCAGAGACAGCAGGCAGAUGUACCCUCCGCAUUACCCACCCAGGAUGGAGCCUGGCACGGUACCCUGCUGGACCUUCCCCCCUGCCCGGCCGAGAAAGAGAAGCUGGGCAGAUGGCUGCAGCGCAGGGUCUGUCCCGGUCACUAUACUGGUCAUGGUCUUGGCGCUGGUCUUCGCUGCACUGGGACUCGGCGCCUAUGAGAUCCAAAAUCUGCAGAGCCGGCUGGCAAACCUGACAAAGAAUAUGGAUGACACGGCGUCUCAAGGUCACUUCACGGCGCCUCAACGUCAAAUUGGUUUCCAAGGAGACACAGUGCCCACAUGUGUGAACAGACAAGCAGCUCAUGUAACCAUCAACACUCACACUGUGGCAAUCCACAAGACGCUACAGUGGGAGCCGGACUAUGGACGGGCGUUCACCAAAGGAGUCCAGUACCACGAAGGCGGACUCCAGGUUAACCGCACCGGCCUGUACUUCAUCUACUCCCGCGUGGAGAUUCUGGGGAAUAAGUGCCUUCAUCCCAGGGCCAGCUUCCUUCACACAGUGUUUAUGCGGAGGAAGAAGUUCUUACCCAAGACCCUCAUGGAAGGGCACAAGGAGGACUAUUGCAAGCAGGCUAGGCAUGAAGUGUGGACGUCUAACAGUUACUUAGGCGCUGUGCUGGAGCUUCAGCAACACGACCGGGUUUACGUCAAUGCAUCUCACCCAGACUUCAUUAAUCCGGCUAGCCCUUUUGGAAAUUACUUUGGACUGUAUCAGAUCGCCUGAACUUGGGCCUGACUUAACUCUCUCUGUCCACAAAUCAAAAGCACAGUUCAGUAUUUUGCUAUGUGCUAAUGUGUUUUAACAUCAGCAUGUAGAUGGGGUAGCAUGAAAGUAGCAGUCCAUGAACAUGAAUGUAUCUUAUUAAAUUAUUAUUUAAUUUAUUAUUAAAAUGUCUUGUUACCUCUAGCAGAUAUAAAGGACAAGAUAUGCUCAAAGGCAAAUGUCAUUUGAAGUGGUAAGUAUAGACACCGCAAGGCUGCAGCAGCAGUUCAGAAUAUCCUGCUGUUCAUCUGAUCAAAGAUGGUGCUUGUGGCUGAAUCUAAAAGGAAAAAAAAGCACGGUUUCAGACGGUUCAGUUCCACAACACAGAAAUCAGUACUUGUUAAUUAGCCUGUGGGUUGGCACCAAAUGACAAGUGGAACAUAACAACUCAUCCAUGAAACAUUUCCAGUGUCCUCUCUGGUUUGUAAACUUAUUAUGUUGAAAACAAGUGUAAAAAGUACCCAAGUGAAAAUGGUGCUUCGUGUGCUGUGAACCUCUACGAUGCUGUUUGGGCGUAGGGUUGUUCUAGACACUCAUGACCGUUUGCGCUUAUGGUUAGAUUUCCUUUUUCUUUUUUGUAGUAUUCAAUGUGACACUUGAGAUGCCUUUGCAGCAUUGCUGCUGCUGUCUUUGACAGUCUGCAAAGAGACCCUUGUCUUUGCAGAUACUCACACAUUCAGACACAGAGACCCACUUUGGUCUCUCAGGUUUCAUUCUGACAUCAAGCAUGGGGGGAUGCAAUCAGUCAACGCCGAGUUCGUCUGAGCUUCCUUCCUGUGUCAGAGUAAGUAAUUACAUGCGGUGGGCAUUUGUUGCUUAGUUCUGAGAAUGACUACCGUUUUUGGUCCUGUUCCUGUCAGACUCUGUCCCAUCACCUGUGGUCUGUGUCAGUCAGUUGGUACACCGUGUCUUCCUUCAUCUUGAUCUCCUGACAUGUCUGUCUCUAACAUAGACACAUCAGUUCUACAUCUGUAACCAUGUAGAAAUAUAAAAAUACAAGACAAAAAAACAAAAAAACAUAAAUAUUUAUAUAUAUGCUCAAAUAAAUCAUGUAAAUGUGUCACUAACUGACUUUUUUCUGAUUCUAACACCUUAAUUUCUUCACCCACUUAAUUUCUCAAAGCAUGUGUCACAACAGGUGUAGGUCUAUCUAUCUGAUGUUCCAUGCUUCUUGUGUGGGACUAUGGAAACAUCAGCCCCCAACCCUCCCCCGGCAUUUACCAGACAUAGAACAGUCCCCAGGGCAGAGGAAGAAGUGACCACUAUAGUGAUGAUGGUCAAACAUAUGCACCCCCUCACAGCAAAAUACAUUUAUUUAUAAAUGUACACACAUGCAAACACUUGCAAACAUUUGCACAUUUUUGCUAAGUUUUUUUUGUGGUAUGCAUGAAAGGCUACUCGCACGAAAGGCUCUCAAUGCGGCCGAUUUGUUUCCGGUGGUGCGUUAACUGUGUUGUAACGACAUCUUCUGUUAUAUCCUGCAUAUUCACUCCGACACUGAAUAUUGUUUGCCCAAUAAUAACAAUUUUAACUCGCAUAAAUCUUUCUUUAUCGUAACGUGCUGACCUGUUUACUAGGUGCAACACCCAAUCAGGUCUGUGUAGAUACUAAUUACAUUAACAACAGCGGCAGGUUCAAACACACCUGGCUCCACCGGAAACAAACAAGCCGUUUGUGAAAAGAGCCCAUUGGGUUUCUUUUUGGCUGAUUAACUGGACGCCUGUCGGUAUUCAACCCUGCCCACAAAAUUUGAGGUUGGGAAAUUCGGUCUGGACUUGCUCCAUUGACAAGCCUCUAUGCCCAUAUGAAAACUCAGUGACCAAUCAAAUCGGGCGGGCUUUAUUUUCAGGAUUCACGGUAGGCUAUCUCGUUGCUCUGAUUAAUUAAGUCUAUCCAAUUGUGUGCACAGGCAUUUUUUCGGUUGAAACACGCCCCAUAAUCAUGUCCCAAUGGUGCUAAGUCAGGCUGAAUUGAGUAGCUUAUAGUCAGGCUGAAUUGAGUACUAGGUCAGGCUGAUUGACAAGACUAAUGACAUUAAUGAAAAAGUCAACUGUCAGUCCAUUAUGUUUGGUGUUGAUGUGUUUGUUAAUGGUAUAUUGAUGUUACUGGAGUGAUAUAAUAUUUGGGCUUAUUCGUUGCAGUUGUGGCAGCACUCUAUUGCUCCAAACCUAUAAAAUGACGAAAGCUACUUGUCAAGCCCUGCUUUUUUCUCAGUAUGUCCUUAUG